AUGAAAAUGCCAGCAUAUUUUUUGAUAGGCACAAGCACUAGAAACUUCUUGAAUUCCAUUGGAUUUUUAUCGAAAGAGCUUUUCGUACCUUUGUUGGUGAAAACGUUCAUGGAGCCCGCUUUGAAAGCUGCCCAAGCUUCCGGUCAAGAUUGCAGGAACGCCUCUGAACAAACUUCGGACUUUCAACGACCCUCCGAUUAUCGCAGGAUAUCGAUGAACGUGAGAAGACAGACAAGGCAGACCGGCAUAUCCUUCCAUGACGGAUCGGGAGAUGGGGGGGACCAGGGAGAUGCUAGUUCUCCAAUCAAAGACGAACUGGUCAACGAAGUUAGUGGAUUAGUCACCACUUUGGAUUGGGUGUGUGAGCAUGUGGAAGAUGAACUUGACUUGCCAAUGGUUGAUCUGACAAAUUUACUACACUCAGAUCGCACUGAUGACGAAAUAGCAAGUGAUCCUAAAGUAGUAGCAGAGUUAGAAGAAGUCGUUAUGGGUUGGGAGAGGCAUAUACUGAAAGUUAUCGAGAAUUAUUUGGCAAAGGUUCCAAUGGGAAAUGGACCACUUCCUGAAUAUGAAUACUGGCAUGAGAGAGAAGCAGCUUUCAGCUCGAUUGUAGAACAGCUAAAAAAACCCACUCUUGUCAGAAUCAGCAACAUUUUGGAGAGGGCUAGGUCAUCUGUUGUUGAUGCUUUUAUUUAUUACCAGAUUGAUCUGAAAAGAUACUAUGGGCAAGCUAAAGAUAAUGUGAAAUUUUUGUCUACCAUCCAAAGACAUUUGAAGGUGAUCACAUACAGCACGGAGUUUCAAAAAAUCAAAGACUGCAUUCCGAUGUUGAUGGAAGGUCUGCAUUUAAUAUGGGUCUUGUCCAGUUAUUAUAAUACCGACGAAGUCAUGGUGCCUUUCAUGGAAAGAAUCCUUUGGUGCUUACUUGAAAAAGUUCGGAAAGUUUUGGAUAAUGUAACAUUGUUCAGGAGACCAAUCCACGAAGUUCAUGGGCUCACUCGUAGUGCCAAGGAAAUGUUGGAAAAGUGGAAGUCUUCUUAUCUGCAGACUCGGCAAAAAAUUGAAGAUUCUGGAAAAGGUCAAAGAUGGGAAUUCGAUAAGAGAAAACUUUUCGGGGCUUCUGACUAUAUGGCCAUUGUGUGCAAGGAUCUCAAUGAAGUCGCCAAGAUCAUUUAUCAUUUCAAGAAUAUAUUUGGCCCAGAACUAAGAGCGAUUGUUAGCGAUCCUCAAAGCAUAGAUAACGUGGCAAAAAGGGUGGACAAAUUAGUGAUACAGAUCGAAAACACGGAUUUCGAUAUAUUUGAUCUCAAUUGUAAGGAAAACUGGGAAGCGAUAAUGCAGCAGUUCUACAAAGAAGUCCGUCAUUUGGAACUUGAGGGUGUCAGCUUCAUUGACCAGAGCUUCAAAAUGAUAAGAUCAUCAGAAAGUGCUUUAGAAUUACUGUUGAAAUUCAAAUUCAUCGAAACCAGAGAAGUCAUAUCUAAUAAACUGAUGCUGAAAUUCGACGUCAUAUUGGACCAGUAUAUGAAAGAGAUACUAGCGAUCGACGACAAUUUCACGAGGAACAAAAGACAUCCGAUACUCUACCGAAAUAUACCGCCACGCGGCAGCGCCAUCUAUUGGGUGCAACAGCUUUACUAUAAAUUGAAACGCCCCAUACUGAAAUUCCAGAGGGUACCCGAGUUGGUGAACUCUCCAUUGAAGGCUGAUACUUUUACAGCUUACUUGAAAUUCGCCAAGGAAUUGAAGAGUUACGAGCAAGUCAGAUUUGAUGACUGGGUCGAUAUGAUUGGACCGACAAUGGAUAAGUCCAUGCAGAUGGAUAUUUUGAAGCUUAGUAGUGUCAAUAAGAAGGGUGGAACUUUCUUCAAACCCAUAAAAUCGACUGGUCAUUCCCAAGGCAAAAUGUCUACUGCAGGUGGGACUAGUCAAGUAGUGAGUAAAAGUACUAAAAUGUCAAGACCUUCAAGCAGAAACACGAGCAUCAGUCGAUCAGCCAACACCAUUAUGGAACGUAUACAUUCUCAGAAGAAUCUCACUUGGCACGAGAUCAUGGGGAACUACGUAGUCGCCGAUUUGGGUAUGCAGUUCGAAUUGAACUUCAACGAGCUAUUAUGGACUCGCUUCAAAUGCGUGGAAAUUCUGGAGACAAUGAAAUUCACCCUGCCAGAAAGCAUCCGAUUGGUAGCCAUCAAAAAAGAAAAUAUACAAAAGGAUGUUAACGCUGUGCAAAACAUGAUCAAAACCUAUAAUGACAUCAUUGAUAAAUUGACCGAACCUCAGAUGCAUCUACUUAGAGACAUUCUCAGAGAAGUUGAAUUGAACCUUCAACCAGGCCUGAUGAGGAUAAAAUGGUCCUCUCUAGGAAUCUGCGAAUUCGCAGAAAACUGCCUAACGCUAAUAAUCAACCUGAAAACCCUCUACCUGCAAAUCGAACACAUAGAAAAUAAUCUGCAGAAACGGGUACGACUUUUAUCGUCCGCGAAUCUGUUCGAUUUCGAUACGGCAAAAGAAAACCCAGCAAGAUUGCCUUGCAAGGAGUUUUUCGGUCAAAUGAACGACAACCGUACCGAAAAAAUAUCUAAAAUGAUGAAAACAUACCAGUCUAUCGGUCCUAUCUUGAUAAUACUUGAAGCCAUCGUUCUCAACACCAAUACCGGUAGAUCACCGAAAAUGGUCCAUUACUACGCCUUCUGGGAAGGGGAAAUAUUCAAAGCGCUCAUAACGAUGACCUUGAGAAAUCUGGAGACGUUCAAUACCAAAGUUGAGUCUAAGGAAGUUCUGCUGCAAGUGGACGCAGUAGUUAUAACGCCAGAAAUUUUGUUGAGGCCUACCGGCACGGAAAUCUUCAACAUCUUUAUCAGGAACUCGAAAGAUUUUAUGGAACGAUUGAGAACGCUUCCUCGGUGGCAGGACGAAUCUUGCAUACUCUGCGAACCUGUUAAAUUGAGUUCUACUGAGGAAUACUUGCACUCGUUUUAUGAUGACGUCAUCAAAGUCCAAGACGUCAAUGAUGCUAUAGUGAAGCUCACAGAAAGCACCCACAAGGUUAUCGUUAAUGUCAAUAAGCUUUUGCAGAGGUGGAGGAGGUAUAAAAACCUAUGGUCGUUUGACAAAUCGUUGACUUGUGAAAAGUUUUUACAGACAAACAACUCUUUGUCUGUUUACGAUGAGAAGUUCAUGUUUUACAACGAUAUUAUAAAUAACAUAAAUGAAUACCGUGUUCUUGUUGAUGUAGGCAGUAUUCAGUUGAAUCUUCGACCCUUACUCAAUACGAUAAUACAGCAUUGCUUGGAAUGGAAAACCACACUUGGUAAUCUUAUCGAUUCCAACACAAAACUCAAAAUGGAUGAAAUGAGAGCCAGAAUAGAUGUACUGAAAGUUGCAGUGAGACAGAAUAUCAAGGGUCUGGAAAGGUUCAAAAUUGUUAUGCAAGCUAUAUCUGAAAUCCAGAAAGGGAACAUUUCGGCGGAGCUAAAUUUCUUAAACUAUCAAGAAACUUACAGGAUCUUACACCAGCACGGCAUUCACUAUCCAGCUGAGCAUGAAGCUGAAGCACAUCACUUGGAAAAAGAUUGGAAAGAGCUGCUAUUGUCUGCUCUCUAUAGAGAACAGACUUUAGAGGCAACGAAGGAACGUUUCGCGCAGUUGACGCUUAACGAAAUCACAGAGUUCUGCGAGGUAUUAGCCCAGUUUUUAAUAAAAUACGAAGCGGAGGGUCCAGGAUCCGUUGGUGAGAAUCUAGAACAAGGUGUAAAGCUGAUGGAGGAAUACCGAGUGAAGUUUGAAGAACUAGAAGUUAGACGAAUAGACCUAGUGAACGCUGAAAGACUGUUUGAUAUACCCCUUGCAGACUACUCUGACUAUCUAAAAGCAAAAACCGAGUUCGAUGGUAUGGAUCAACUGUACAAAUUUUACAAAUCUCUGAAGCAUACUAGAGAAGUUUGGGGAAAAACCCUAUGGGUAAACUUGAAUCCUCAGGCGCUUGUAGAUGGAAUAGACGGUUUCUUGAAGACCUUCAGGAAAUUCGACAAGGACAUUCGGGUCCUUCCUGUAGGUUUAACGAUAGAAAACGAUAUGAAACAGUUCAGGAAUGCAGUACCGUUGAUGGUAGCCUUGAAGAACGAAGCUUUGAGAGAACGUCAUUGGAAACAACUAAUGAAAAAAACUGGUAUUGAAUUCGAUAUGUCGCCUGAUAGAUUCACCCUAGACAAUAUGUUUGCUAUGGAACUGCAUAGGUUCCAGGAUAUGGCUGAAGAAAUAAUCAAUAAUGCUAUUAAAGAGCUGAGUAUAGAAAAAGGUGUCAAAGAAAUCGCAGAUACAUGGGCUACUAUAACCUUCAAUGUACAUAAACAUCUUAAGGGCAAUGAAGAUCGUGGGUAUAUCAUAGGAGCCACUGAUGAAAUCGUUCAAAUCUUAGAAGACAACUCUAUGAAUCUUCAAAGUAUGGCUGGUUCUCAGUUUGUGGGUCCAUUUUUGGGACAAGUACAGAAAUGGGAAAAGGCUUUGGCGAAUAUAGGGGAAGUGAUCGAUGAAUGGCUAGCCGUGCAGAGGAAAUGGUUGUACUUGGAAGGAAUUUUUGUGGGGGGAGAUAUUAGAGCUCAGUUGCCUGAUGAAGCUAGAAAAUUCGAUGAUAUUGAUAAGGGUUUCAGGAGGAUUAUGCUAGAAACUGCUAAGAAACCGGUGGUACUAGAUUGUUGUAGCAUCGCAGGGCGAUUAGAUGAGUUCCAAGGACUUAGCAACGGCCUAGACCUUUGCCAAAAAUCUUUGAAUGAUUACCUCGACUCAAAACGUAGAAGAUUUCCUCGUUUCUACUUUAUUUCCACUGAAGAGCUUCUGUCAAUUCUCGGUAGCAGUGACCCUAACGUAGUCCAAGACCAUAUGAUCAAGAUGUUCGACAAUAUCAAGUCCUUGAGGUUUAGAAACGACAAUCAAGAACGCGUUAUAGCCACAGCUAUGGUUUCAUCAGAAGGUGAAGUCAUGGAGUUUCGCACCCCUGUAACCAUAGAAGGCAAAGUAGAGGAAUGGAUGAACGACGUUCUCAAGGAAAUGCGACGAUCCAACAGGUUCAUAUCUAAGAGCGCGAUUUUUUACUAUGGCAAGAUAAGACGACCAAGAGCUCAAUGGAUGUUGGAUUACCUAGGAAUGGUGUGUCUUGCUGGGAGCCAAGUUUGGUGGACUGCAGAAGUAGAAAAUGUUUUCGCUAAAAUAAAAAAAGGGAACAAACGUGCAAUGAAGGAAUACCUCGAACAGCUCAACAAACAACUGGAAGAAAUCGUGUUCACAGUAAGAGCCGACCUGUCCCCGAACGAUAGAACAAAAUUUAGAACCAUAGCGAUCGUAGAAGUGCAUUCCAGAGACAUAGUUGAAGGUUUUGUACGAGACAGUGUCACGGAUUCACAAGAGUUCGAGUGGGAGAGCCAGCUCAGAUUCUAUUGGGUGAAUGAGCUGGACAAUCUACGGGUGACCCAGUGCACGGGGUCCUUUGAAUACGGUUACGAGUACAUGGGAUUGAACGGCAGACUAGUGAUAACGCCUUUAACGGAUAGGAUAUACCUCACCAUCACCCAAGCCUUGAUAAUGCACAUGGGAGGAGCUCCUGCAGGUCCUGCUGGUACCGGCAAAACAGAAACCACCAAAGACUUGGCUAAAGCCAUGGCGCUGCUGUGCAUAGUGACAAACUGCGGGGAAGGCAUGGAUUUCAAAGCCAUAGGCACCACACUUGCUGGACUAUCCCAGUGCGGUGCUUGGGGGUGUUUCGAUGAGUUCAACAGGAUAGAUAUUUCUGUAUUAUCUGUCAUCUCUACUCAGCUGCAAACGAUUCGUACAGCUUUGAUGAUGAAACUAGAAAGAUUCACCUUUGAAGGAGUUGAAAUCAGCCUCGACUCGAAAGUAGGUAUAUUCAUAACUAUGAAUCCUGGGUACGCGGGACGAACAGAGCUACCAGAGUCUGUCAAAGCUUUGUUUAGACCGGUGGUUUGUAUCGUACCGGACAUGGAGAUGAUUUGUAUGAUAUCUUUGUUCUCCGAUGGGUUCUUAGAGUCCAAAGUACUCGCCAAGAAGAUGACGGUGCUCUAUAAGCUCGCCAGAGAGCAAUUGUCCAAACAGUUCCACUAUGAUUGGGGUUUGAGAGCGCUAAAUGCCGUACUGAGAAUGGCUGGGGUUUUGAAGAGGGCCUCGCCUGAUAUCAAGGAAGCGUUGGUACUGAUGCGAGCUUUGAGAGACAUGAAUCACCCCAAAUUCGUCUUCGAGGACGUUCCACUAUUCUUGGGCUUGAUACGAGAUCUAUUUCCUGGCAUGGAUUGCCCAAGAGUCGGUUAUCCAGAUUUUAACGCUGCAGUCGAAUCAGUACUCGUGCAACACGAGUACAUAGUUUUGCCCUACCAGGUGGAUAAAGUAGUACAACUGUAUGAAACCAUGAUGACUAGGCAUUCUACCAUGCUGGUUGGGCCCACAGGCGGUGGAAAAACUGUGGUUAUCCAAACUCUUGCUAGGGCGCAAACGCUAAUGGGAUUAACCACGAAAAUAUUCAAGCUCAAUCCUAAAGCUUGUUCUGUCAUCGAAUUGUAUGGCAUCCUAGAUCCAGUCACUCGAGACUGGACAGAUGGUUUGUUAUCCAAUAUUUUCCGAGAUAUGAACAAACCUACUGAGAAGCAAGAAAGGCGCUAUAUACUAUUUGAUGGUGACGUGGAUGCGCUUUGGAUAGAAAACAUGAACUCUGUCAUGGACGAUAAUAAGUUACUAACCCUAGCUAAUGGUGAAAGAAUUCGUCUACAACAACCUGUGUGUGCUCUAAUGUUUGAGGUGGGUGACCUUCAGUUCGCUUCUCCAGCCACCGUUUCUAGAGCUGGUAUGGUCUACGUAGACCCGAAAAAUCUAGGUUAUCAGCCUUAUUGGGACAGAUGGCUCAAGCGAAGGAAGAACGAACUGGAAAGGGAAGCCAUGCAAGAGCUUUACCUCAAGUUUAUCCCAGACUUAUUGGGCUACGUCCUGGAAGGUACAUUGGGGAAUCGUCAGGUAUCGCCUUUGAGGACCGUCAUACCUCUAACUGGUCUUAAUAUGGUCACUCAGUUCUGCUAUAUGAUUGAUGCUAUUUACCCAACGAAAGACGAAGUGCCUGAUCCAGAAGAAGAGAUCGAUACAGAUCUUUUGACAGCUAUAUUCGUGACCUGCAUAUACAGCUCUGUGGGCGCUGGUCUGGUAGACGCGAGUAGAGCAGAGUUUGAUGAUUACAUGAAAACACAAAUCUCGUUAUUACCAGCUGACGAUAGCAUUGAAAGCAUGUGCGACCUCAGACACUUACCCACAGCUUUUCCGUAUUUUUACGAUUACUUUCUAGAUCUGAAGGAAAAGAAAUGGGUAGCUUGGAAAUGGCUGGUACCGGAAUAUGUCCACGAUAAAUCGAAGAGAUUUUCUGAAAUACUUGUACCAACUGUUGAUACCGUCAGAGUUACCUAUUUGCUGAAUCUGAUGAACGAAAUCAAGCGACCAAUAGUACUCAUAGGCGAAACUGGUACUUCUAAGACAGCAAUAAUCCAAGACUUCCUCCGCAACUUGGACAAAGAAGUCUACAUCCUGUUGAACAUCAACUUUUCCUCCAGAACUUCCUCUAUGGACGUCCAGUUGAACUUGGAAUCUUCGGUCGAGAAAAGAACCAAAGAAAUAUUCGGCCCUCCUAUGGGCAAGAAACUAGUGUGUUUUGUGGACGAUAUGAACAUGCCACAGGUAGACGAUUACGGUACUCAACAACCCAUAGCGCUCUUGAAACUUUUGUUCGAGAAUGGCGGGUUUUAUGACAGAGGAAAAGACCUCAAUUGGAAGUCACUGAAGGAUAUAUCCUAUUUUGCUGCCAUGGGCGUGGCAGGAGGAGGAAGAAACGAAGUAGACCCCCGUUUUAUGUCGAUGUUCACCGUCAUAAACCUAGUGUUCCCCACUUCCACGACUUUGAAUCACGUCUACACAUCGAUUUUGAUGGGCCAUCUUUCGUCAUUCAAUGAAGUCGUUCAAAUAGCAUCCACCCUGAUCACAAUGACUUUGAAUCUUUACGAUAUCUGCGUGGCACAACUUCCUCCUACCCCUAGUAAGUUCCACUAUAUUUUCAAUAUGCGUGACUUGUCCAGAAUAGUAGCUGGAAUGUGCAUAACGACUCCACAGUUCUUCCAGACUCUUCCCCAACUGGUCAGGGUAUGGAGAAACGAGUUCAUGCGAGUGAUUUGUGAUAGGCUGAUUAGUCUGGAAGAUCAGACUUUCAUGUCAGCGCACAUUAUCGAUCAACUCAAUAAGGCUUUUCCCAAAAAAGAGAUCAAGGUUAAGGAAAAACCUAACGUAGACGACGACGACUACGUUUUCAUGCCAGACGAACCUGCUGCACCUUCAGAGGAACCUGGUGAUCAGAUAGAUGUGGUAGAGUAUGCCCUGAGAGACCCGAUUCUUUUCGGAGAUUACCGAAAUGCAUCGAACGAAGGCGAGCCAAGAUUUUACGAAGAUUUACUCGAUUACGAUGCUGUUUACUUCCUCUUUCAAGAACUGAUCGAACUGUAUAACGAGAGGAAAACCAAAAUGAGCAUUGUGCUCUUCAACGAUGCCUUAGAACAUCUCACCAGAAUCCACCGAGGUUUGAGAUUGCAAAAAGGUCAUGUGAUGCUGGUGGGUGUAGGUGGUUCUGGUAAAAGAAGCCUGACCUCUCUAGCAGCAUUCACAGCCGGUUGUGAGAUAUUCGAGAUAACGCUGUGCAGAGGGUACAACGAGAAUAUGUUCAAAGAGGAUUUGAAGAAGUUGUAUUCCCAGCUAGGCAUAGACAGAAAGCCUACCGUGUUUUUCUUUACUGCAGGACAGAUUGUUGAGGAAGGAUUCUUGGAGUUCAUUAACAACAUUUUGAUGAUAGGUUAUGUACCUGCCUUGUUUACUGAAGAAGAUAAAGAACAAAUAAUAGGUCAAUGCAGGAGUGCGGCUGGGAAGGCAGGAUAUGGUAUAGCGAAAGAUAGCGUUUGGCAAUAUUUCCUGCACCAGUGCCAAGACAAUUUACACGUGGUAUUAUCCAUGUCUUCGACAGGAGACAUUCUGAGCAAACGAUGUAGAAAUUUUCCAGGAUUGGUCAACAAUACGACCAUUGAUUGGAUAUUUCCUUGGCCUCUACAAGCUCUGAUAGCAGUGGCUUCAGUUUUUCUCAAAGAGUAUCCUAAAAUACCGCUGCAAUACAGGGAGAAUAUAAUAGACCAUGUAGUAUUUGUUCAUCAGAGUGUCAUCCAAUACACUGUGGACUAUCUAGCCAAAUUGAGGAGGAAGAAUUAUGUGACUCCUAAACACUAUUUGGAUUUCAUAACUACCUAUUUGAGACUACUCGAAGAAAAAGAUAACUAUAUCAACGCUCAAUGCGAGAGACUGAAGAGUGGUUUGACGAAAAUUGCUGAAGCUAGCGGCGAGCUAGAAAUACUCAACAAGAAGUUAGCAAAACAAAAGGUAAUAGUAACCCAAGCAACGCAAGCUUGUGAAGAAAUGUUGGCCGAAAUAGAAGCUGGAACCAAAAAAGCUACUGACAAGAAGGAUGUGGCAUCUCUCAAAAGUACCGAAAUAGAAGAACAAGCACGUAUUAUAAGCAUUGAACAAGCAGAAGCCGAGGAAGCUCUUUCAGCCGCCUUGCCUGCUUUAGAAACAGCCAGACUGGCACUGUCUGAUCUGGAUAAGUCUGAUAUUACCGAGAUUAGAUCUUUCGCUACACCACCAGAGCCUGUUCAAACUAUUUGUGAGUGUGUGCUGAUACUGAGGGGUUAUAAGGAGAUUUCUUGGAAGAGUGCCAAGGGUAUGAUGGCAGAAGGCGGCUUUCUGAGGUCGCUACAAGAAAUGAACUGCGACAUCAUAACUCAGACACAACAGAGAGCUUGUAAAGCCCACAUGAAGAAAUCUACAAAAAUGGACGAUAUGCAGAGUAUUAGCAAAGCUGGAUUCGGCUUGUUCAAGUUUGUCCAAGCAGUUCUUGGUUAUUGUGCUGUAUACAAAGAUGUCAAACCGAAGAAAGACCGAGUAGAACAGUUAGAAAAUGAGUAUAACAAUGCUAAGAAAUUCCUGGAGAAGCUCUAUAAAGAAAUUUCGAAGCUAGAAGAUGACUUAAAUGCACUCAAUGAUAAGUACGCUGUUGCUAUGAAACGUAGACAAGAGCUGCAAGAAGAAACAGAUAUAAUGAUGCGAAGGUUGAUGGCAGCCGAUAAGUUAAUAUCAGGACUGAGUUCUGAACAAUCCAGAUGGACAGAAGAUCUCAAGAAAUUAUAUUUAGAGAAAGAACAACUUGUCGGCAACUGUCUGCUUUGUUCCGGAUUCUUAGCCUAUAGCGGACCUUUCACUUACGAGUUUCGUAAAGAUAUGGUCUACGUCAAAUGGCAAAGCGAUAUUUUGGAAAGAAAUAUUCCAUUGUCGCAACCAUUCAGAAUAGAAAACAAUCUGACGACAGACGUUGAAGUCAGUACCUGGAAUUCAGAAACUCUCCCUCCAGAUGAACUUUCAGUCCAGAACGGUAUUUUAACCCUUAGGUCGUCCAGGUUUCCACUGUGUAUUGACCCUCAACAGCAAGCGUUGAACUGGAUAAAGAAAAGGGAAGAAAAAUUCAACCUCAAGAUACUCAGCUUCAACGAUUCAGAUUUUCUCAAGCACUUGGAUAUGGCCAUCAAGUACGGUUCCCCAGUUUUGUUUCAAGAUGUGGACGAUUAUAUUGACCCUGUUGCUGAGAAUGUCAUACAAAAAAAUGUGAAAUACGUCAGUGGACGAGUAUUUGUCAUUCUGGGUGAUAAAGAAGUUGAUUGGGACCCAAAUUUCAGGAUGUACAUGACGACAAAGUUUGCCAAUCCCAUUUUCAAUCCAUCAGCAUACGCAGUUGCUGUGGUUAUCAACUACACCGUUACUUUAUCAGGUUUGGAAGAUCAGCUACUGAGUGUCGUAGUGAGAAAUGAGCGUCCAGAUUUGGAAGAGCAAAGGGAGAACUUGAUUGCUGAGACUAGCGAAAAUAAAACAUUGCUUCAACAGCUGGAAGAUUCUCUACUAAGGGAACUCGCUACCACUACUGGAAAUAUGUUGGAUAAUGUUGAAUUGGUGGCUACUCUAGAGAACACCAAAACCAAAGCUACUGAGGUCAUGGAUAAAUUGGUUCUGGCAGUCGAAACUUCUAAAGAUAUCGAUAAACUCAGAGACGGUUAUAGACCUGUGUCAAAAAGAGGAGCUGUGUUGUUUUUCGUACUAUCUGACAUGGCUGGAGUGAAUGCAAUGUAUCAAUACUCACUAUCUUCCUAUCUGGAAGUUUUCGCGUAUUCUCUGAGGAAGGCUCUACCCCACACACUACUGAUCAGACGAUUACAAAAUAUCAUAAACAUGUUGACGAAAAAUGUGUAUGAUUAUGGUUGCACUGGCAUUUUUGAAAAACACAAGCUUUUGUACUCAUUCCAAAUGACUGCUAAAUUGGAACAAAACGAACGCAGAAUCUCUCAGGCUGAACUUGACUUCUUCAUCAAGGGUUCUGUGAGUUUAGAAAAAUCGACACGCGAAUGCCCUGCAAAGUGGAUGACCGCUCAAGGUUGGGAAAAUAUCAUGAAACUAUCCAACGACUUUCAAGAUGCCUUCUCCAAACUACCGAUGGACAUCGAGCACAAUAUCGACAUAUGGAAAGACUGGUUCGAUAUGGAUGCUCCUGAAGAUGCCGAUAUUCCCUGCGAAUACAAAAAAAAUUGCACCCCCUUCCAAAUUUUGAUGUUGCUUAGAUGCUUCAGAAUCGACAGGGUAUACAGAGCUGUGGGCAAUUAUAUCACUGAGAUAAUGGGGGAGGAGUACAUUAUGCCUCCGGUUAUCAGCUUGGACAACAUAUAUGAACAAAGCAGUCCUCUGACGCCUGUUGUUUUCAUUCUUAGUCCGGGAUCUGACCCCACAGCCGAGUUGAUGAAACUGGGUGACAGAUGUGGCUUCGGAGGCGGUAAUUUCAGGUACCUCUCCCUAGGCCAAGGCCAAGAACCGUCUGCCCUGAGUCUAUUGGACACCGCCAUAUCUCGAGGCCAAUGGCUCAUGUUCCAAAACUGCCACUUACUCAUCUCCUUCAUCAGAAGACUCGAGAAGCAGCUGGAAAAAAUCAGCAAACCCCAUCCGGACUUCCGGCUCUGGCUGACGACCGACCCAGUGGAAACCUUCCCGAUUGGGGUACUGCAGAGGUCCUUGAAAGUGGUGACAGAACCUCCAAACGGUUUGAAACUCAACUUGCGGAAUACUUACUUCAAAUUGCGAUCGCAGACUCUGGAUGCUUGUCCUCACCUAGCGUUCAAAUCCCUGAUUUACGGCCUGGCGUUUUUCCAUGCUGUUGUCCAAGAAAGGAGAAAGUACGACAAGAUAGGAUGGAACAUCUGUUACGAUUUCAACGAGUCCGACUUCAAUGUAUGUGUCACUAUCUUGAACACUUAUCUGACGAAAGCUCUCAAAGCUAAGGACUCGAGGAUACCCUGGAACAGUCUCAAGUACCUUAUAGGUGAGGUUAUGUAUGGAGGGAGAGUCAUCGAUGAUUACGACAGGCGGAUUGUGGGAACUUACAUGGACGAGUAUAUGGGAGACUUUCUGUUUGAUACGUUUCAGCCUUUUCAUUUUUUCAAAGACGAUACUGUCGAUUAUAUUAUUCCAGUAGAUGGGGCUAAGGAAGAUUAUAUUGCAUUUAUUGACGAGUUGCCAUUGACUAACAGUCCUGAAGUUUUUGGUUUGCAUCCGAAUGCAGAAAUUGGAUAUUAUACUCAAGCUACAAAGGAAAUGUGGAGAUUGCUUAUAGAAUUACAACCACAAACUGCUAUGUCUGGAGAAGGAAUCAGUAGAGAAGAAUUCAUAGAUUCGGUAGCCAAGGACAUUCUCAAGAAAAUCCCCGAGGAGUAUGAAGUGUGGAAGGUGAAACGUUUCUUCCAAAGAGCGAUGUCUCCCACCGUAAUCGUUCUGUUGCAAGAACUAGAAAGGUUCAAUAAACUGAUACACGCCAUGCGGAGGACUCUGGUACAGUUGCAAAAGGCUCUGGCCGGUGAAAUAGGCAUGGACGCCAUUUUGGACAAUGUCGCCAUUUCGUUGUACAAUGGGCAGUUGCCCAACGUUUGGAGAAAGCUAGCUCCGGCGACUUGCAAGAACCUAGGGGGGUGGAUGGAACAUUUCGAGAUGCGACAGCAACAGUACUUCAACUGGUCUACCACUGGAGAACCUACAGCUUUGUGGAUUUCUGGUUUACAUAUCCCAGAAACUUAUUUGGCAGCCCUCGUACAAAUAGCAUGUCGUUUGCACAAUUGGCCCUUAGACAGAUCCACGUUGUAUACCUACGUUACAGAAUUUCUUGAUCCUAUGGAUGUGAUUCUACGACCAUCGCAGGGCAACUGUUUAUUACAUGGGUUAUUCCUAGAGGGAGCUACUUGGGACAUAGGAAAUAACUGCUUGAAAAAAUCAACCCCCAAAGUACUGAUCGAGAAGUUACCAGUCUUAGGGGUAGUUCCCAUCGAAUCUUUCAGAUUGAAACUGCAAGAUACCCUUAAAACCCCAGUUUAUACCACAUCUUUGAGAAGGAAUGCUAUGGGGGUUGGUUUGGUAUUUGAAGCAGAUUUAAGGACUACUGAACAUAUGAGUCACUGGAUACUACAAGGGGUGUGUUUGGUACUGAAUACGGAUUAG